AUGAAGAUGGAUCCUCCCGCUCUGUUCGUCCUCAACGCGCUGCUGGUGCUGAUUAUUUUUUCCCUUGCCGCUUCUGGCUCCUGUCCCCGACCUUGCUCCUGCCCUCAGUCCACUGAGCUUCACUGCACCUUCCGUUCCCUUCUCACCAUCCCAGCAGCUAUUCCCAAACUCGUGAAACACAUGAACUUGGGGUUCAACAGAAUUAAUAAGAUCGCUGACAAAUCACUGGCAGGCCUGAGGAAGCUGGAGCUGCUCAUGGUUCAUGGGAAUGACAUCCAUGACCUGCCUGAUGGAGUGUUCAGGGAGCUUAUUUCACUUCAGAUGUUGAAGAUUAGCUACAACAAGCUGAAGGAGAUCCGCAGGCACACUCUUCAGGGUCUGUGGUCUGUAGCCAGGUUACACCUGGAUCACAACCGGCUGGAGUUCAUCCAUCCAGACGCCUUCCAGGGCCUCACUUCCCUCCGGCUGCUGCAGCUGGAGGGCAACCAGCUUCAGCAACUGCACCCAGAGACCUUCACCACCUUCACUGUAAAAAGCCACUUCCAUGUGUCCACUCUGAGGCACCUCUACCUGUCAGAUAAUGGUCUGACAUCAGUUCCUUCCAGGCUGAUGGCAACCAUGCCCCAGUUGGAGAACCUGUACCUUGACAGGAACCCUUGGAUGUGUGACUGCAGCAUGAGGUGGCUCCAUGACUGGGAUAAAAAAUCACCAGGAGUCUUAAAAUGUAAAAAGGACAGGACUCUUCCUGGUGGCCAGCUGUGUCCCAUGUGCUCUUCUCCCAGGCACCUCCAGGCAAAAGACCUCCUUGAUGUGGAGAACCUGGUCUGCAGCAGCCCUGUCAUCACCAUUCCUCACAGGAUGACCACACUUAAAGAUGCUGAGAGUAAGGAUUUGACCACAGAGGAUUUUAAGGAACCAUUUGGAAACAUCUCUCUUGCCCUGUCUGAUGAACAUGGAAAUGAGGUGGAUCUGGAGUGCAGUGUUAGCAAGUCAAGAGAGCUUACCAAGAUCACCUGGGAGCAGAACAACCAGCUUCAGCUGACCUCCAACAUCACAGUGACAGUGGAUCUUGAAUGUCCAGUUGAUAGAGAAAAAUAUGAGAAGCUGUGGAGGCUUAUAGCAUACUACAGCAACAUACCAGCACACUUACAAAGGGGAGUUAUUCUUAGCAAAGGCCCUCAUCCAACCUAUUUAUAUAUACAAGACUCUGAGAAAGAUGUUCUGUACUACACAGGUGUUAAAGUUAAUAUGACGGCCCAACCAACAUGGCUGAUGCAAACAUCUGUGGCCCUUCAGCUGAAUCGGCUUCAGACAUCAGCCAGGAUGGCAAAGCUGAUUAUGAGCACAAACCUGUCAGAGACAGUGGAGGUAGAGCUGAUGCAAAAACAGAGGAGGUCAUGGGUCAUGAUCGAAUCAACAAACACCACUCGUAAAGUGUUCAGUGCUAUCCUAGGAAAGCAAAGUCAAAUGUACUGUAACGUGCACAGUUCAGGCCAAAGAGUUAUCCGCUGGGUGCUGCCAGAUGGCUCCAAAGUGGAAGCACCGUACAGCAGUCCAGACAGCAGACUGUCUGUAUCCAGUGGUGGAAGUCUUGUCAUUAAAGCUGUCCGCCACACAGACACGGGCAUUUACUACUGUAUCGCCAGGUCUCAUGGAGACUUUGCUGUCCUGCCUUUCUAUCUGACAGUGCAGGAAUCCUCCAGCCCUCCCCCAGGGGAGGAAACAUCAAUCACACCUACCGAGGGAUUUGCAGGGAACCCUAUCUCCCUGCCUUGCGCUGCAUCUGGCUCCCCUGAUGCUGAAAUUAACUGGAUUCUACCAAGCAGCAAAAUAGUUAGUUUCCAAGCCAACUCACCCAGAGCUUCAGUCUAUUCCAAUGGCACCCUACAUAUCCCUCAGUCUCAGUUAUCAGACAGUGGUUAUUAUAAAUGCAUUGCCAUGAAUCAACAUGGUGUGGAUACACUGACUACAAAAAUGACUGUUGUCAGGCACAAAGGGCUGAUAAGCCCAUUAAGGAAGUUUCCAGCAACACCUCAGUCAGCCUCAGGAGUCAACACUCAAAUUAAAAUCCCUACAAAGGAUACAGAUGAUGCAUCAGAGGACAGUGAAGGUACUCAGGAAGCGGUUCCAAAGAGGAGGCCAGGAGGUGUGGCCCCUGGCAGGAGGGGCAUCCACCCAUCCAGGAAAAUCUGGCGGAGGCCUCCAGUGCUUCAGAAAUCAACAGGAUCACGUGUUGCGGUCAGGAUGAGUACUGCUGACAGGAAGAGGAUUAAUCUGUCUAAAGGUAAAAUAGAUCCACAGAAAUGGGCUCAUAUUUUGGCUAAGAUUAGAGAGAGAAAGGCUCAAAAUACAACCACACCACUCCCAGUCCAACAAACAAAUGAGAGGAAAGCAGCAGAGCAGACAACAGAGUCAGAAGAAACUACUGAAGGAUCAUCAGAUGAUGUGACUGAGCAGAAAAAACAAGGCCGGGAUUUUUUCAGGACACUACACACUCCUGUACAAUACACACAGAUGAAAACUGAUGAACAACUUGCACAAAGUCAAGAAACACAAGUGACAUCUAACAGCAACUCUGCACAUAAUGCACGUAAGAUGUCAAGCAGUCAGCACAGCACACAUUCUUCAACAGAGCCACUUAUAACACAGAGUACACACAGUGUAGAGUACAUAAAGCGCGAUAUAGUCUUGGACCUACACACAAGUUCAAAUAGUGUGUUUUUCCUCCCACAGACCACAUCUGUUCCACUGCAUGCUGUCACUCUCUGGCAGUCUCUCACAAACACUGCAAGCAGCACAUUUUCUCUACAAGAGAACCAAAGCACAAAUACAGAUGUUAAUGGAGACAAAACAGCUGAUUGGUCCAAGGUAUCAGAGAGGCAUGAGAACACAGACAGAUUAAAUGUUGCUGCCAGUUCUAGUAAUGACAACGAACCUUUUUCAAGAAGUCAAAUUAUCACUUCAGUCAACCCAAGUAAAUCAAUGACAAGCAGAGAAGAAAAUGGAAAAUAUCCUAGUGAGACUGUAAUAUCACAGUUGCAGUCUCUGGAGGACGCACCUGAUGAUUUACAGUCUGUAGCAACAGCAUCUCCAACAACUACACGUGUGCCUAUGACUUUAGGGUGGAAAGGGUCAGAAAGACGAUCAUCCCCACGCCUUCAAGAACAUAAAUCCAGGAGAAGGAAUGGGAGUCAAAGGAGAAGGCCAAACAGAAGGAAACAAAAGCUCAUUAAACCUAUCCAGUUUGCUGCCAUCACACCUGCCAAAGCUCUCCUAGCAACCAUCAAGACCACUGCCUCCACACUGCUAAAAAUACUUCCAACACAAGUUACAACAGCCAAUCCCAGUACCAUUGUUCCAUUCACUGGCAGCCAAACAGCAUCAUCAGGAAGAGUGAGUCAUAAAGAAAGCACAGUCUCCAGGCAUGACCAUGAAGCAGCCACCAAACCCUCCUCACUACCAGCUUCUCCCAUCGAAACAAAGGACAGCCAUCUACCCUUGGCCAAACCACUAUUCAAAAGCACAGUGACAGCAACAUCAUUUCCAACAACCUUUCCAGAAGUGGAUCAUAGAAAGACAACUUCUCAAACAGCCUUGGGAAUCUCAGAAAGUCCAUCUCCUCCAGAGCACUUCAGUGUACCUACAGCAACCACUUUGCACAGGUUUAUAAGCAGCCCUGCUCCACCCAUCAGCCUUUCUGAGGAGGCACAAAGACCAAGUGUUAUGGGUGACCUUGGACCUCGGCCAAGUUCUGACACUUUGUUUGUGGGUUUUUACACUACAAAUGCUACACGGCUGCAAAGAGAUGGUGAGGAGAAUCAAUCAGGCCAACAAUACACAGCUAAUGAAGAGAUGCUUUUGAAUGAGACUGAGAUGGGUUUUUCACCAGUGCCUUCCACAGUCACCACAGACACGACUUUCAUUGACCAAGUAAUCAAGACAACCUCUGGAUACACUUCCAGCGAAUUAAACAUGCCACCAAGCAUACUUUCCAAGGAUUAUUUGGAGACAGAUCUGGAUACCACACAGACACCUACAGUACCUGAAAAUUCAUAUUAUAGUUCCAGUCAAAAUAAAACUUCAACUGAGUCAAAGGCAGCUCAGAAUCUUAAAGAACCUCUAAAUGAAAAAGUUGAUUUAUUUUCUCCUACCAUCAGUGCCUUUAAAACAACAACUCCUCCUCCUACCACUUCAAUCAAAAUAACACUGCAUCCCACACUACCCAAAAUAUCUUUCACAGAAGCUAAGAAGGAUUCUUCAGUGAGGGCCAGCAUGCAGGAGGCUCCAUGGAUCACAGUCAGCCAUGGUGAAGACCAACAAAAAAACCCCAACAUUAAUAUAUCAGAGCCAUGGACAGAAUUAUAUGUCCACCCCACAACCCAGUCACCAGGCCACAAACCAGCUAGCUCAAGUCCAGCCAUGGAACUGACUAGCAGACAGACAGUCAUACAGACAGUCACCCCUGCCCCAAAUGCUACAGUCCAAACUAAUCUAUAUAGAGAGGGGCUGUUAACAAGCACUCAGGACGUGUCCAGGAAGUACCAGGUACCUAAACAAGAAUCUAUUCCAAGAGGAAAGCCAAGGAUAACUAAGAGCAAUUUCCAGACUUUGACUGUGAAAGCUGAAACAGAUGCUCAGCUUCCCUGUGAGACUGAAGGUGAUCCAAAGCCAUUCCUGUCGUGGACCAAAGCUGCUAGUGGGGCAAGUAUUGCUCAGAACACCACGGUCCAAAGGUUUGAGGUCCAUCCAAAUGGUACAUUAAUCAUCAGGAACACACAGCUCUUGGAUAGCGGUCAAUACUUGUGCACAGUGCAGAACCAGUAUGGCACAGAUAUGAUGGGGGUCAACCUUGUGGUCCUGUCUCAGCAGCCGCGGGUCCUGCAUCCCCAGCACAGAGAAAUUACUGUGCAUCUAGGUGGUAAAGUCAGUUUGGAGUGCAAAGUGGAAGGGCAUCCUGUGCCUCAAGUCACAUGGGUACUCCCUAACCAUGUCCAUAUAGCUGCCGCCUCAGCUUCUGUUCUAUCUCAGCAGCAUGUAGUUGUCAGUAAUGAUGGAACCCUACAGCUUAACCAGGCCAGUUCCACAGACAGAGGGAUUUAUAAGUGCAUUGCCAGCAGUGCAGCUGGAGCUGACUCUGUUUCAGUACAUCUUCGUGUCUUAGCAUUGCCACCUGUGAUUCAGCAGUCACUACAUGAGACCACCACCCUUUCAGAGCGCAGCCCUGCCUACAUCCACUGCACUGCCACAGGUUCCCCUCCACCUUUUAUUCACUGGAUCACACCUGAUGGUGCACACCUCACUGCUUCCCUGGAUAUUGGACAGAACCUCAUUGUUUUCCCCAAUGGGACCCUCUACAUACGGAGUAUGGGCACAGAAAAUGCUGGGAGAUACGAGUGCUCAGCUACUAACACAGCAGCAUCCAGCAGGAGAACUGUGAUGCUGAGCAUAAGAAGGAAUCCUCUGUCCUCUGCCAAGCCCAAUAUCGCCUCUUCAUCAACCAAAAGAACAGAUGUGAUCUAUGGGAGUAAGCUGCUGCUUAACUGUGUGGCAACAGGACAGCCAAAACCCCGAAUCAUCUGGAGAACACCUUCUAAGAAGCUAGUAGAUGUUCAGUACAGUUUUGACAGCAGAAUCAAGGUGUUUCCCAACGGCACUUUGAGUGUUCUUUCGGUGACCGACAAGGACAGUGGUGAUUACUUAUGUGUGGCACGUAACAAGAUGGGUGACGACUAUGUUCUGCUGCGGGUAAAUGUGCUGACCAGACCAGCCAAGAUCGAACAGAAGCUGCAGCAAUCCAGCCAGGAGGUUGUGUACGGUGCGGACCUGAAGGUGGACUGUGUGGCUUCUGGCCUCCCCAACCCUGAGAUCAGCUGGAUGCUGCCCGAUGGCACGAUGGUUAACCUGGUCAAACAGAGAGAUGGUAUCAUUGUGGGGCGCAGUCGCAGGUAUGUGGUGUUUGACAACGGGACGCUUUACUUCAACAAUGUUCGAAUGCCAGAAGCGGGUGACUACACGUGUUAUGCGGAGAACCAACUCGGCAAAGAUGAGAUGAAGGUCAGAGUCAAGAUAAAAGCUGCACCUUCCCUGCCGCAAAUCCACAACAAAGAUCCACAGACUGUCAGGGUUUUCUAUGGUGAGACAGUUACACUGAGAUGUAACGCCAAAGGUGAACCAGCCCCAGUCAUCACAUGGAUAUCCCCUAUAAAUAAAGUGAUCUUCCCUGCAUUAGACAAGUACCAGGUUCUGGAUGAUGGGACUUUGGUAGUUCAAAAGAUCCAGCGUUUUGAUGGAGGUAACUAUACAUGCAUUGCUAGAAACCGUGCAGGACAGGACCAAAAAGUCACCAGACUGGAAGUCUUGGUAACACCUCCAGUGAUCGUUGGGUUAAGAGGAACACCCAAUGCCAUCAAAGUGACUGCAGUUCAAAAUCAGCAAAAGCUGCUGGACUGCAUGGCAAAAGGAACCCCCACCCCUCGCAUUAUGUGGGUUCUGCCAGGAAAUGUGACCCUUCCUGCACCAUAUUACAGCAAUAGAAUACUAGUUCAUCAGAAUGGUACCUUGGAAAUCCGCUCACCCAAGGAGACAGAUUCAGGGCAACUGGUUUGUAUUGCUCGUAAUGAAGGAGGAGAGGUCAGAUUGGUGGUCAACUUGGAUGUGAAGACAGUUGUUGAGAGGCCACAAAUUAGAGGUCCCAAAACAAAUGUUCAGUCACUCACUGUAGGGAAUGCUAUGGCUUUGAACUGCUCCUUUGAGGGCUCAGCACUACUUCCUGUCACUUGGAUCCUGCCUAGUGGUACACCUUUGCAUAGUGGUGCUCGGUUUUCUAAGUUUUUCCACCAGCCUAAUGGCUCGCUGAUUAUCAGCAACCCCUCUGUUGCUGAUGCUGGUAUGUAUCGCUGUAUGAUCCAUAAUUCAGGAGACGUUGUGGAGCAUACAGUUACAUUGUCCCUAGGAAGAAAACCAGAGAUCAGCAACAGAUAUAACUCUCCUGUCAGUGUCAUUAAUGGGGAAAACCUUUUGCUUCAUUGCCAAACCACAGGUGAAGCACUCAGACUAGUAUGGACUCUACCUAGUGGAGCAGUCCUCAACAGGGUACAAAGAGCAGGGCGAUACACUAUACUGCCCAAUGGAACACUUGCCAUUCAGCAAGUGUCGAUCCAUGAUCGGGGUCCCUACAUUUGCAGAGCUUCUAACGAGUAUGGCAGCUCUUUACUCUCUGUUUCAGUAAUUGUGAUAGCACACCCACCUCAAAUUACCAGUGGCCCUCCCUCUGUGACUUAUGCUAAACGUGGAGUUGCUGUUCAGUUAAACUGUGUAGCAACUGGCAUCCCUAAAGUGGAGGUAACAUGGGAAACACCUGACAAAAUCCGUUUGGCUGUCAGUGCACAGCCACACCUAUUUGGAAACAAGUACCUCCAUCCACGAGGUUCCCUCAUCAUCCAGAAUCCAACACAAAGAGACACUGGCAUCUACCAGUGCACAGCCAGAAAUGCUAUAGGGAUGGACUCUAAAGCUACAUUUCUCAAUGUGUUCUAAACAAUUUUACUGUUCCUCCUGGUCUAUUAACAAACUGUCAAGCAACUGCCUAAUUAAAAGCAAUUUCAAUAUGUAGUAAAAACUGCUGUUACAGUGAUGAAAUUAUGAGUUGAUUAAACCUGCAGUGAUGCUUUGAGUGUUUGCUGUUUAGAGGCCAUUAGUUGAAGAUACUGUGUCAGUUUCAGCAUCUAAGAUGUUUCAGUGAACGUCCCAUUCUACACCUUUAGAAAGUUAAUGCAGUUCAAUUCAGUUUUAUUUAUAUAUAUCGCCAAUUCACAACAGUUGCCUCAGAACCUACAAUUUUAGAAAGAAAGAAAGUCAACUAAAGAAGUUAUUGCCUUGUGCUGGCAACUCAUCCUGCAAGGUGAUGACACUACUGAAUAGUUGUAUUUACCUGCUACAUGUGAGACAAACACUGUAAUAAAGCCAGAUUUAAGUAAUAUAAAUUCUCUUUAUUUUAAGUGACUCAGGGAAAUGCAAAAAAAAAAAAAGUGUCUAUUCUAUAAAAUAAAGAACUAAAGAUUAUGAUUAGCUUUAGUAUAGUAUUAGUAAAAGCCUAUCUUAGCAAGGCUGUGCAAUGCUUUAAUUUUUAUUUAACUUUCAUAAUAUAAUGUAAAUUGAAAAUUCACAUUAGUAUUCAUACUGCAGGUCAAACUACAUACAUCGACACUGAUUUUGCAAUUAAUCAGCUUCCUUGAAAACUAAGCAAAAUUGAACAGUGUUUGUAUUAAUGCAAUAAAUGCAAAAAAAAGAAGGAAAGAUGACUGUAGCCUAUGUGGUGGGACCAAGGACUCUAAAUGAUGGCACUAAAUCCUUGUAUAAUCCCAUUUUUGGAUCUCUUUGGGGGGAAAUCUUAACAAACGGUCACAUUAUGAUGUUCACAGUCCAGCUUUGGCUCUAUCAGCUCCACUCAAGGUUAAUCACACCAAAACAUUUGAUCCUUUGGCUGAUGUUGCGUUGAUAAUAUUUUCAGCUGUAUGUGGACCUUUUCUUCAGUGGAAUAAUAUCGUUCCGACAAUGACAGAUUAUGUCAAGCUGUAAAGAAUUGCUAAACUCUUCAUUUUCUAAUUAGGAAAUACUGUUUAACUUAAUAACAACAUUGACUAAUAUGAAUAUGUGUUGCAGUAAUGUUGGUGUUGUUGUAUUUUCAUUUAAAGAAGGUGAUUUCUAUUUUUUAAAUUUGAUCUGCUGGGAUCCCGUUUCUUUCAUACCAGGAUACAGAUCUUUCAACAACUGAAAGCUUUCUGCAGCAUCUUUGAAUCGUCUUCUUCAAAGUACUGACACAGGCACUACAUCAUCAUUUGUAUCUGACAGGCUGUGAUUUGUGAUUUGAAUAUAACAUUUCCACUAAGCUCAGACACAAAAAGAAAACCUGUAUGUUUGGUGAGGUAGGAAAGAGCACAAAUGGAAAAAAAAAAAAGAUGAUUCAAGAAUAUUUGGUGCUGUAUUAUGAACGACACCCUUAAGUGAGAAAAAUGUAGCAGU